AUGGAUAAAACUACAUUUAAGGCAUUGGAAAAAGAUGAAAUAAUCAAUUUAAGCAAUACAAAAACUUUACUAAACAAUUCAGAACAAGGUGUGAAAAGAAUCAUUAAUAAUCACGAAUCACAAAGGCAUUCUUCAAACGUUGAAAAUAACGAACAUUAUUUAGGAUCAUCUCGUCAACGUAAAAUAAAAAAACAUGGAAUCAAUAGUUUUAUUAAUUUUCCCACAUUAAGAGAAAGAAAACCGAAUAUUAUUCUUAUAUUGACCGAUGAUCAAGAUGUCGAAUUGGGUUCACUUAAUUUCAUGCCUAAAACUUUAAAACUUUUAAGAGAUGGCGGUGCUGAAUUUCGUCAUGCUUACGUCACAACUCCAAUGUGCUGCCCUUCGAGAAGUAGUUUACUUACUGGAAUGUACGUUCAUAAUCACAACGUAUUCACCAAUAAUGAAAAUUGUUCGAGUAUUAAUUGGCAACAGACUCACGAAACAAGAACUUUUGCUACUUAUUUAUCAAAUGCUGGUUACAGAACAGGUUACUUUGGAAAAUAUUUAAAUAAAUACAAUGGAAGUUACAUACCUCCGGGAUGGCGUGAAUGGGGAGGACUAAUUAUGAAUUCUCGCUACUACAAUUAUUCAAUUAAUUUAAAUGGGAAAAAAAUCAAACAUGGAUUCGAUUAUUCUAAAGACUAUUAUCCGGAUCUCAUUGCCAAUGAUUCCAUUGCGUUUCUUCGACAAUCCAAACAGUAUUUUUCUCGAAAACCCGUCAUGCUCGUUGUUAGUUUUCCAGCUCCACACGGACCAGAAGAUAGUGCUCCGCAGUAUUCUAAAAUGUUUUUCAAUGUUACUACUCAUCACACUCCAUCGUACGAUUUUGCUCCAAAUCUCGAUAAACAAUGGAUUUUACGAGUGACAAAUAAAAUGCAAGACAUUCAUAAGCAAUUUACGGAUACAUUAAUGACCAAAAGACUUCAAACGCUACAGAGUGUUGACUCUGCUGUCGAAAGGAUUUAUCAGGAAUUGAAAAAUAUUGGAGAAUUAGAAAACACGUACAUAUUAUACACAUCUGAUCAUGGAUAUCAUUUAGGACAAUUUGGUCUUGUCAAAGGAAAAUCUUUUCCUUUCGAAUUUGAUAUAAGAGUUCCAUUUUUGGUUCGUGGACCAGGAGUAGAAGCUGGUUCCAUAGUCGAUGACAUUGUACUCAACAUAGAUUUAGCUCCAACUUUUCUUGAUUUAGCCGGGGUAGAACCGCCACCUGAAAUGGAUGGCAGAUCGAUUACGAGACUUUUCAAUUAUAAAACAAACAAAAGGCGAAAGAUAAAAUGGCCUGAUACUUUUUUAAUUGAAAGUUCUGGUAGAAGAGAAAUCCCGGAUCCGUUCGGUUUGAAAAAAUCAAAAAAUCAAUUAUCAAAAAAAAUGUAUAUUGAAUCCGAUUCGCAAGAAGAUAUUUCUAAAGAUUUUUCGAAAAUUGACAAGGAGAGUUUGGAAUCAACCGCUGAGGAAACAUCCGAAGAAGAAAAUUUUUCAUUUUCAUCCAAGCUACAUAACAAUUCUAAAGGAUCAACAAUUGUUUCAACAACAAGUACAGAUUCACAAAAGGAUAAUAAAAUUCCUAAAAUGACUUUAACAAACGAUCAGUUAUUACCCAAAUUUGAUCGCCUUGCAUUGGAAUGUCAAAAUUCAAAAUUUCAAAAUCCUUGUCAAAUGGGACAAAAAUGGUAUUGCGUGAUUGAAGAUGGAAGAUGGAGAAAAUUCAAAUGUAAAUUUCAAAAAAAAUGCGCUUGUUUUACAUCCAACGGAUUCGGCAUUAAACAAAUGCAAAAUAACAAAUUUGAAAAUCAGAGAGAAGCUACCAUAGUGAAAAGAUCAAUUGAUAUUAUAGAUUCAUGGGAUCAAAUAAUCAAUAAUGAUUUUAGUUGGCCUGUUUUACACAGAUUAGUAAAUCGUAGCAACAAAGUAAUGAAAAAGAAAAGAAGCAUUCAAAAAGAACAUAUAUCGGAUAUACUCGACGAUUUGGAAUUGGAAUUGUAUGAAGCUGAGGAAACUAAACAUAGCAUAAACGCCACGUAUAUUUUCGGUCAGGAACAAAACGUGUCCAAAUGUUUGGUGACGUCACAGGGAAAAGUAAAUUGUAGCAGUUUGUUAUAUAAGGAUUUUAAUAUUUGGAAGAAAAGCAGAGACGAAAUAGAAGCUAAAAUUAAAAAUUUAAAAACGGAAUUGGAAACUCUUAAAGAAAUUAGAAAGCAUUUGCGUAAAAAACGUCCUGAAUAUAAUUCAACAACAGUUCAACCUUUUACACUGGAUACCACGUCAACGGAUGAAAGCCAUAAUAAUAAUAAUAAUAAUAAUAAUUUUGUAACGGAAGUAACUUCAGAAUCGUAUAAGUUUGUGGAAACCAUAUUGAAUACCACGACAACAUCUUCAACAAAAGAUUUUAAAGAAAUAGUGGCGACGACUCCUAAAAAUGAUGAUGAAAAUAUUUCAACAAGUUCAACGACUUUAUCUUCGAAAAAACCUUCGAAUGAAGUCGUCACGAUAAACAAUGAAAAUAAUGAUAAUAAUUCAAAAAAGAAAAUAAACACGGGAGAUUCUGCCGUUAAUCGUGUCAAAGAUAUUUGCAUUUGUCCACCGGAUAAUCAUCAAUUACAAUCGAAGAAAAAUUCUGGAAAUGAUUUGGAAAAACAAAAUAAAAGAAAAUUAAAAGAAGAAAGAUUGAGAAAAAAACAGAGGAAAUUAAGAAAGAAAGCAAGAUUGGAAAAAGAAUGUUUAUCGGAAAGAAUGAAUUGUUUUAUACACGAUAAUGAUCAUUGGAAAACUCCGCCAUUUUGGACAGAGGGAUCAUUUUGUUUCUGUAUGAAUGCAAAUAAUAAUACUUAUUCUUGUUUAAGAACUAUAAAUAGCACUCAUAAUUUUUUAUAUUGCGAAUUUACGACUGGUUUCAAAAGUUUUUAUAAUUUAAGAAUCGAUCCCUUUGAGCAAACAAAUCGUAUCUCGACUCUUUCAACUGACGAAUCCAGAUUUUUAACGGAUCAACUUGCCGAAAUGAAAGCUUGUAAAGGUUCCAGAGAAUGCGCAAGUGGAAAUAUAAGGGAAAAUGUUUACCCCCAUCCAAAUGUCGCCUAA